UUUUUUUGUUCAGAGGACUGUCGGUCAGCAGCAGCAGAAGGGGGAGAGAGUGGAGUGGAGUGAGGAGAAACACACUGAAGUGUCCUGUACCGGAGAAUAGUAGUAAAAACCACACUGAUCUGGAAUAAUCUAAAAAAAAUCCGUGCGUUUCGACAGGUUUGCUCCAUCGUUGUUGCUUUAAUAACAGGAAACAAGGAUGGCGAUGCAAAUGGGUGAUGUGGACAGUGGUAUGGUGAAGGUGGCAGAGUGGCAGCAGACGAUGUACACCCACGACUCGGGCAUCCAGUCCGGAGCCACCACAAUCAGAGACGACGAUGGCGACUACACCACCUCCAAACACUACACCAUAACCACCACCACGAGUACAGAGCCUGACCUGGAGUCUCAGUAUGCGAUGACCAGAGCCCAGAGGGUUCGGGCUGCGAUGUUCCCAGAGACGCUGGAGGCAGGAACCACCUUCCUGUCGACUCAGACGGACCCGUCCCAGAUGACUAACGUCCAGCGGCUGGCCGAGCCCUCGCAGAUGCUCAAGACGGCCAUCAUCCAUCUGAUCAACUACCAGGAUGAUGCUGAGCUGGCUACACGUGCCGUUCCUGAGCUCACCAAACUGCUCAAUGAUGAAGACCAGGUGGUGGUCAGCAAGGCAGCACAGAUCGUCAACCAGCUCACUCGUAAGGAGGCGUCACGACGUGCGCUGAUGCAGUCCCCGCAGAUGGUGGCGGCGGUGGUGCGAGCCAUGCAGAACACGAGCGACAUGGAGACGGCAAGAGCCACAGCCAGCAUCCUCCACAACCUGUCCCACCAGAGAGAGGGCCUGCUGUCCAUCUUCAAGUCCGGAGGAAUCCCUGCUCUAGUCCGCAUGCUCAGCUCCCCCAUGGAGUCUGUGCUCUUCUAUGCCAUCACCACACUCCACAACCUGCUGCUGCACCAGGAGGGAGCGAAGAUGGCUGUGCGUCUGGCUGACGGACUGCAGAGGAUGGUUCCCCUGCUGAAGAAGAGCAACCCCAAGUUCCUGGCCAUCACCACAGACUGUCUGCAGCUGCUGUCAUAUGGAAACCAGGAGAGCAAGCUGAUCAUCCUUGCCAACGGCGGUCCUGAGGGUCUUGUUCAAAUCAUGAGAAACAACAACUAUGAGAAGCUGCUGUGGACCACAAGCCGUGUUCUCAAAGUCCUCUCUGUGUGCCCCAGCAACAAACCCGCCAUUGUAGAGGCUGGUGGGAUGCAGGCUCUGGGUAAACACCUCUCAGGCUCCAGCCAGCGUCUGGAGCAGAACUGCCUAUGGACGCUGAGGAACCUGUCUGAUGCUGCCACCAAGCAGGAGGGUAUGGACAGCCUGCUGCAGUCGCUGGUGACUCUGCUCAGCUCAGAUGACAUCAACAUGCUCACCUGCGCCACCGGCAUCCUGUCGAACCUCACGUGCAACAACGGCCACAACAAAACUCUGGUCACCCAAAGCAACGGAGUCGAAGCGCUGAUCCACGCCAUAUUGCGCGCUGGGGAGAAGGAAGAUGUGACCGAACCCGCCGUUUGCGCUCUUCGCCACCUGACUUCUCGUCACCAGCAGGCCGAGGUGGCGCAGAACGCAGUGAGGAGACACUACGGCAUCCCCGCCAUCGUCAAGCUGCUCAACCAGCCCUACUACUGGCCCGUCGUCAAGGCUGUGGUCGGCCUGAUCCGUAACCUGGCGCUGUGCCCAGAGAACCAGGCCCCUCUGAGGGACGCAGGAGCGAUUCCCCGCCUGGUCAACCUGCUGCUCAAAGCCCACCAGGACGCCCAGAAACACGACUCAUCCAAACAGCAGAUGUACCAGGAUGGAGUGAGGAUGGAGGAGAUAGUUGAGGGCUGCACAGGAGCUCUGCACAUCCUGGCCAGAGAUCCCGUCAACAGAGCAGAGAUCGCCAACCUUCAGACCAUUCCUCUCUUCGUCCAGCUGCUCUACUCUCCAGUGGACAACGUGAAGCGCGUGGCAGCAGGCGUCCUGUGCGAGCUGGCCCUGGACAAGCAGUCGGCCGAGCUCAUCGACCAAGAGGGCGCGUCAGCUCCACUGAUGGAGCUGCUGCACUCCAACAACGAGGGCAUCGCUACUUAUGCUGCUGCCGUGCUCUUCCGCAUCUCCGAGGACAAAAACUCCGACUACAAGAAGAGAGUGUCCGUGGAGCUCACACACUCUCUGUUCAAAAAUGACCCGGUUGCCUGGGAGAUGGCUCACAACUCUGUCCCCAUGGAUGGACCUUAUGCAGAUGAGCUAGAUGCUGGUUUCCAAGGCUACGCAGGAUAUCCAGGUGACAUUCCCAUGGACGGCAUGGACGGAAAUAUGAUGCAUGAAGAUUACCCAGGCAGCAUGGCCUAUGACAGACAAGCUUACCCCGAGCCUUACUAAAGAGCAGAAGGAAGUUGAGGUGGCCUAGCAGCUGAAGUUGGAUGCAACAGGACAAAGAAGAAGAAGAGAACGUGGUGAUCAGAGAAGAUUUUUCCCCUCUGCUCUCCACCUGAUGUAAUAUAUGCAAUUAUCGCCGAGUAUGGGACUCAUAAUCUUAACAGGGCUCAACUUUUGUUUUAUAGCAUAAUUUUGCUGAUUAUAAUGAUGACAGUGACGAUGCUCGUAGGUUUCUAUUAGAGAGCCUUCUCAGAGUGUGUGCAUGUGUAUGAGUAUGUGUGUUUAUGCUUUCGGGUGGGUGUUCUAUGCCAAAGAGAUUUUAUUUUGUGACGAUAAUCAUGUAGCUUCCUUUUUUUUUUAUAAGAAAAAGAAACAAAAAAAGAUAUUAAUAGUUGAAAACACUGCCAGAGGUGGCUCAACGUGCACGGUGCACCUAUUCACCGCUCCGCUUUAACGCCUUUGUAACAGACACUACUGUCCUUGCUGUAGUUUUGACACUAUAUUCUGUCAACUUUCUCCCGCUGUGACCCAAGAGUCAGUGAAAAGCUGGUUAACACUUCUUUCUUGUGGCACUAAUUGAGUAGGAGUGAACGAACGGGGAGAGGUGGAAGUCUUUGACAAGCAGCGUAGGGCUGCUCCCCGCUCCUCUGUAAUCAACUGAUGUGUGUUGUUAGAUCAAUACAGCUGUUUGUUUGUUUUUUUAUGAGUCGUUCCUCAUCUUUUAUAAGUUAUUGACUGGGGAAGGUGACCCACUAUUACCAGAUUAUUAAAGGAGAUGUCUUUGAUUUUAACCCGGAUUUAAAGAGAACGUUGUUUGUGGCUGUAGUAAGAAAGAGAACAACGAUGUGGCUGAGAUUUGUUCGAGAUUAGUGCACACAUGAGAGGGUUCAGUCGGGGAUCGCCCUACAGCUGGAGCAAACUACUGACAGGGAAUUUGUCUUUCUACUUAAUAAGAGUUUUUACUGAAAUUUUGUUUAAUAAAAAUAAAGGAUAUAUUAAACAUGA